AUGGCCAUUCAUUCAUGCAGAGACUCUGAAAGAAAUAGAAUUAAGAAUCUAAGUUAUAACUCUACCACAUACAAAAAAAUAGAGGCCUUUCAGAUUUUCGUAGCCAUUUUCAUCUUGGCUCUUGCAUCGCCUUUGACUUUUGCCUCUGAUCCUAGCCCUCUUCAGGACUUUUGUGUAGCCAUUAAUGAUCCCAAGGGCUCUGUGUUUGUCAACGGAAAAUUUUGUAAAGACGCAAAGCUUGCCAAAGCAGAUGACUUCUACUUUUCAGGUCUCCAUAUCUGUAAAAACACAUCCAACACAUUUAGAUCAACUGUCACACCUCUUAAUGUUGCACAUAUGGCAGGACUUCACACACUAGGGAUAUAUAUGGUUCGAAUUGACGAUGCACCUAACAGUGGCCUGAACCCACCUCACACUCACCCUUGUGCCUCAGAGAUUCUAUUUGUUCUAGAAGGCACACUCCAUGUCGGUUUCGUUACAUCGAAUCCAGAUAAUGGUUUGAUUUCUAAAGUCCUAUAUCCCGGAGAUGUCUUUGUUUUUCCUGUGGGUCUCAUUCACUUCCAAUACAACAUAGGGAACACCUAUGCUGUCACCUUUGCUGGUCUUAGCAGUGAAAACCCAGGGGUGAUCACUAUUGCAAAUGCAGUAUUUGGCUCAAACCCUUCCAUUAAUGCUGAUAUUCUUGCCAAGUUAGAAUUACUUGCGGGAAGUGGGUUUUUGGCAAGUGGCCACGAUAGGCGGGGGGUGCAAGUUGGACCCGCAACUAAUCAAUGCAUUGAUAGAGAGGGAAGACUCGAGACGUACACUUUCCAUCUUAUAUGCAGAGAGUGUACUAUCACUCUGGAAGAUGUGCAAUUGCAAUUGGGAUUGCCGGUCGAUGGGUACGCAGCCACCGGGUUUGCUCAAUCUACUAAUUGGAGGGCCGUAUACUACAAGCUUUUGGGUGUUAUUCCGGAUAAUAUUAACGGAGGUCGGAUCGAGGUGGGCUGGUUAUGA